AUGCACCAACCGCCACCCAACUCAGCCACAGCCCCCAACGCGCCGCCGCAAAUCAGCGUGAAUGGGACCCAACUGCAAGUGGUGGAGAACUUCCCAUGCCUGGGCAGUACCCUCUCCUGCAACACCAAGAUCGACGACGAAGUCGCCAACAGGAUCUCAAAAGCCAGUCAAGCCUUCGGCCGCCUCCAAAGCACAGUUUGGAAUCGUCAUGGGCUUCAGCUGAGCACGAAGCUGAAGAUGUACAAAGCCGUCAUCCUGCCGACGCUACUGUAUGGAGCGGAUACUUGGACGGUUUACACAAAGCAGGCACGCCGACUGAACCACUUCCACCUUAGUUGUCUUCGUCGCAUCCUGAGGCUGAACUGGCAGGAUCGAAUCCCCGACACUGAAGUACUGGAGCGGACGAAAAUCCUCAGCAUCUACACCAUACUAAGACAAAUGCAGCUGCGCUGGAGCGGCCACCUGGUGCGCAUGGACGACGAGCGACUACCCAAACGACUCUUCUACGGAGACGUCGCGACGUGUUGUCGCCGUCAAGGAAGCCAAAUUCGCCGUUACAAGGACACCCUGAAGACAUCCCUGAAGCGUCUGCAAAUCAACCCGACCAACUGGGAGGAGCUCGCACUCGAUCGACCAACAUGA